UGAUUCUCAAUUCAAUAUUCUAUAUUUAAUGCUUUCCAUAAGAAAUUGAAGAAAAUCGUUAAAUUAAAUUCCUUCAUUUUUAGUAAAUCCAAAAACCCUGCCACAUGACACGUCUCUAAAUACCUUCAUUCGCAUCCAUGCUGGACUUACCGGAACAAAAUUUAUGUGUAGAGAAGGUGGUUGUGGGUGUUGUAUAGUUCUAUUGAGACGCCCAAAUUCAACAACCAGAAAAGAAUGGAUCGGGGCAGUGAACUCAUGCUUGACGUCAAUUUACUCAUGCCAUGGAUUUGAAGUGAUUACAGUUGAAGGUGUGGGUGGACGAAAGAGAGGAUUUCACACCAUUCAGACGCGUCUAGCAAACAUGAAUGGAUCUCAGUGUGGCUACUGCUCUCCGGGCUUGGUAAUGAGCAUGGUUGCCUUAAUGGAGGAUCGCCAAGGAAAAUUUUCAAUGAAAGAAGUAGAAAAAUAUUUUGGCGGGAAUAUCUGUCGCUGUACAGGAUAUCGUCCAAUUCUGGAUGCAUUUAAAUCCUUGGCUGAAGAUGCGGAUUCCUCACUAACUCCUCCUUGCACCGACAUCGAAGACUUACCUAUGAAAUGUGUUUUCACCAGAGAUCACAAUUGUCUGCUUCAAUUAGACUUUGUUCAUUUUUCAUUAAACCAUUCAACUGAUUGGUUUCGCGUAAGGAACUUAGAUGACAUCAUAAAAAUUCUAAGCCAGUUUCCCUACCGUCCAUAUAUGCUUGUUGGAGGAAAUACCGGUCAUGGAGUUUACAGACGAGAGGAAGACUUGAAAGUUUUCAUUGAUAUUAGUGAUGCGGAAGAACUAAAAAUAACAGCCAUGGCUUGCGCUCUUGAAGUCGGAGCUGCUGUUACAAUUGCAGAUUUCAUUGACCAUCUGCGGUAUGCUGCUGAUCAAAACAGCGAAUUUUUCUAUUGCCAUCAAAUGGCGAAUCAUUUGGAAUUAGUAGCUCAUCCAGCAGUUAGAAAUGUCGGUACAAUUGGAGGGAAUUUAAUGUUGAAACAUGAACAUCCUGAAUUUCCUUCAGACGUCUUCCUUCUACUUGAAACCGUUGGAGCCUUUUUAACAAUUGUAGACAACAGUGGAAUGCAUCGGGUUGUAUUUGUUGAGGAUUUUAUGAGCAAAUCUAUGCGUCAUCAGCUUAUCCUGAAGAUUACUCUUCCACCUCUAAAUCCUGAGAAAUAUCGAUUUCUUUCUUAUAAAAUCAUGCCACGAGCCGAAAAUGCCCAUGCCAUCGUUAACGCGGGAUUUCUCUUUAAAUUUAAUGCAGAAAAGACAAUCACCUACUCGGCAAGAAUAUGCUACGGUGGGAUUAAUCCGAGAUUCAUUCAUGCUACGAAAACAGAAAAUCUUUUAGCCACAAAGAAUCUCUUCACCAAUGAAACCAUCAUGUCGUUGAUGACAUCCCUCAAUGAAGAACUCAAAAUGGAUUACAAUCUGCCAGACUUUACGCCACGAUACCGAAAGAUCUUGGCCAUGGGCCUUCUCUACAGAGCCAUUAUAAAUUUGGCGCCACCAGGAAAGGUUCAGGAUCGUCUUAAGAGUGGCGCUGAACCACUAUUUCGAAGUCUUUCUUCAGGGAAGCAGUGGGUAACUGCCCCGGAGAAUGCUUUGCCUAAAAUUGAUGCUCUUCUUCAAUGUAGUGGGGAAGCUAUGUACAUAAAUGAUAUGCCCUUCAUGCGAGGAGAAGUUUGGGGAGCUUUCGUUCCUGCAACAGAGAUUUCAGCUCAUAUUCUCGAUAUUGAUGUUACUGAAGCUCUGAAAAUACCCGGUGUAGUGGCUUUCUUCUGUGCAAAGGAUAUUCCUGGAAUUAAUUCUUACAUGACAAAGUUCUUCUGUCCACCACUUGAGAUUGUUGAAGGAGAAGAAGUCUUCUGCAGUGGUACAGUCUUGUACCAUAGUCAACCUGUUGGGAUAAUUGUGGCUGAAACAUUGGAUUUAGCAAAGAAAUCAGCCAAACUUGUGAAAAUUACCUACAGCAGCCCAUCACUAAAGAAACCAAUGCUGUCUGUUGAUGAUGUUUUUGAAUUUCAAGAUAAUGAACGAAUUUUCAAUUUUGAAACUCGUUUAAAUGCCAAAAGUGCGGGUAAUGACGCCGUAAAGGCAUUUUUCGGGAAAAUUAAAUUUUCCGAUCAGUACCAUUUUCACCUGGAACCACAAACAGUAAUCUGUGUACCAACAGAAUCAGGAAUGGAAGUCAACUGUGCAACGCACUUCCUUCACUUUGUCCAAAUGGCUAUAGGACAAGUUUUAAAUAUUCCUGAAAAUUCAAUUUACAUGAAACUCGAAAGAAUGGGAGGAAGUUUUGGAGGGAAAGCCUCCAAGUCAGCUCAUGUUGCCUCUGCAGCUGCAAUUGCUUGUCACUAUCUUCGAAGACCUGUUAGAUUUGUAUUGAGCAUAGAGGAAAACAUGAUGGUAAUUGGAAAACGUUUUCCCUCCCUGGCAUGCUACCAAGUUGAGGUGGAUCAAAGUGGAAAAAUUCAAAAACUAAAUAUUACUCAAUACGUUAAUAUGGGUACUUCUAAAAAUGAAUUUACAAGAAGAGAAAUUUUAAUAGAUUACCUCACAGCCCUAUAUGAUUCUUCUACAUGGUCUGUAGACUUUAAAGGAGUUCAUACAGAUAUUCAUCCUCAUACAUGGUUAAGAGCUCCUAAUUUCCUAGAAACUCUCGCAAUGGCGGAAGUUGUAAUGGAACACAUAGCAGUUGAGCUUCAUCUUGAUCCUCUUGCAGUUCGCAUGGCAAAUUUACUUGAAGAUUCCCCUAUACGGAGCAUUCUUCCCCAAUUUCUCAAUGAAUGCGAUUUUGAGGAACGUCGGAAACACGUAGCAGCAUUUAAUUCAGCCAAUCGAUGGAAAAAGCGCGGGAUAGCUUUUGUUCCAAUGAAUUAUCUUGUACCACUAGGCUUUCGAUACGCUGUUCUUGUAGCUGUCUACACCAUGGACGGAACUGUAAGCGUAUGCCAUGGAGGUGUUGAAAUGGGUCAGGGACUCAAUACCAAGAUAAUCCAAAUUGCAGCAAAGACACUCGGUAUUCCCAUUAGUUUUAUAAAUAUCAAACCAGCAAAUACUCUUGUGAAUGCAAAUGUUUCACCAACUGGUGGAUCUCAGACUUCAGAUGCAGUAGGAAGGCUCGUUAUCGAAGCCUGCAACAUAAUCUUGGAACGCAUGAAGCCUGUUAGAGAAGAGAAACCUACAGCAACGUGGGCUGAACUAGUAGAAGCUACAUUUGAAAGGGAGAUCUCAUUAGUUUCCUUUGUUACUGAUAUGGGCAAAGAUCCUAUUCAGUACAGUGUCUGGGGUGUUGCUUGUGCUGAGAUUGAAAUUGAUGUCCUUACUGGAGAUUUCCUCCUACAGAGAGUAGAUAUUGCUGAAGAUGUUGGAGAGAGUCUCAAUCCAAAUAUCGACGUGGGCCAAAUUGAAGGAGCUUUCGUGAUGGGACUCGGCUACUGGUUGCAGGAGAAGAUCAUUCGAAAUCCUGAAACUGGGGAAAUUCUAACAAAUCGAACUUGGAACUACAAGCCUCCUGUUGCAAGAGACAUCCCUGUGGACUUCCGAGUAUCUUUCCUAAAAGGACAAAAUCUCCCAGCUGGAAUUAUUGGAGCUAAGGGAACAGGAGAGCCUGCAAUUUGUAUGUCCAUCGUAGCUAUCUUUGCUCUGAGGAAUGCGCUAGAAUCUGCAAGAAAGGAUGCAGGAUUGCCGUAUUCCUUUAUAGAAUUGCAUGCACCAACAACAAAGGAGGAUAUCCUUCUUCUAUCAGGGACUAGAAACUGCCAGUUUAGCCUUUAGUAUAUUUUUCCUGAGGACUACAGACAAAAUAUUUCCAUUUUAUUUAACAAUUAUUUUAUUUAUUCUUUUUUUUUUUGCAUACAAAAGGAUUUUUUAAGUUCUUUUAAAACUUCUUUUCAAGUCCGUCAGUCAGUCUGUCAGCAAGAUUAUUUAAGAAAAAAAACUAAGCCAGGAUCUAAUAAUUAGUGGCUUAGAAAGCGUAGGGGUAAUUUGGAUAGUUGUAUGGAUUUACAGAAUAUGGAUUCAAAGGAUAAGCGGAGUAAGGAUAAGCAGUCCUGGCAAAUGUAGGAGCAACAUAUGGUGAUGGAGCUGCAUACGGUGAUGGGGCUACAUUAGGUGCUGAAGCCACGAAAGGAGCUGCUGGAGCUGCAGCAAUUAAGGGUGCAGCAGCAGGGGCCACAAUUGGAUGAGCUACUGCAUGAUUAACUGCAAAAUAAAGUUUUUUUUAAUAAAAUAUUUUUUUCUUAGGGGAGAGCGGGG